AUGGCUUCGUAUUCGCCUCUUCGAAUGCACGAUCUAGAGCACCAACCUGAAGACUCUGAAGAUGCUAUUCUCCUCCCCAGCAAACAGUUCAUCUCUCAGUACCGUACAGCAGAUCCCCCAUCUGAAUGGCCCGCCUGGACUGCAUUGGGACUCUCCGUGCUCGCGGUUGUUUGCGCAUGCACGGUGUAUAUCGCCUCUGUCAGUACUUCCGGGCUGCGUGACGCCCAUGGGUUGCGCCAGCCUACCCAGUUUCCAGGUCUCGAAUUUAUCGACGAGCCCCGGCAACAGGAAAAGGCACCACAGAUGUACUUCCCGAACACCAUCGUACGGGCGAACAAAGCCUUACCUGACCAGAUGUAUACUUCGGGCUCGCACGUUAUCCUGAGUGAGAAUGACUCAAUGUUCUACCAGUGGCACCUAGGUCGGUCCAAAUUCACCUCUUGCUACAUCGACAGCGUCGUUCCCACUCCCGAAAAUGGUCUUGCAGCCAACAAGACCUAUACUGCAUCUGGCUCCCUCACCGAAAUCCAGAUUUGGAAUGUUACCACUCCUGUUGAGGGCAUGAAGAGCCUCAGCUGGAACACGCGACCUCAACGAAUCGCACUGAUGGGCACUGUCGCGUUCCUUCCUGAGAAAGAGAAGAUCGAGCAGCUGCAUUUCGAAGAUGGCUGGCAGUUGCGGUUGCCAACGCGAUUCUCGUGUGGUAAGAAAACGACGGUUAGCAUCGAGGUUGCCUGCGUUGGUUGUAGACUUGAAUUCGAGCAAAUAUUCUCAUCUCCUCCGUUGGCUUUCGACCUGAUGGAGAUAGGAUAGCUUCGGUAUUCAGCAGAAAAUGAUA